AUGGAGGCUCCCGCAGACCGAGCCCACUGGACCGCUCCUUUCACAAACAUCCCUCUCCACCUGAGGCACAAACACCAAUCACUGGGAUCCAGCCGCGAGGACAGUCCUCACCAAACCCUAGUCCGACAGACGCUCCGACAGACGCUCCGACAGACGCUCCGACAGACGCUCCUACAGACGCUCCUACAGACGCUCCUACAGACGCUCCUACAGACGCUCCAACAGACGCUCCUACAGACGCUCCUACAGACGCUCCUACAGACGCUCCGACAGACGCUCCGACAGACGCUCCGACAGACGCUCCGACAGACGCUCCGACAGACGCUCCGACAGACGCUCCGACAGACGCUCCUACAGACGCUCCGACAGACGCUCCUACAGACGCUCCGACAGACGCUCCGACAGACGCUCCGACAGACGCUCCUAAAGACGCUCCGACAGACGCUCCGACAGACGCUCCGACAGACGCUCCGACAGACGCUCCGACAGACGCUCCGACAGACGCUCCGACAGACGCCCCUACAGACGCUCCUACAGACGCUCCUACAGACGCUCCUAAAGACGCUCCGACAGACGCUCCGACAGACGCUCCGACAGACGCUCCUAAAGACGCUCCGACAGACGCUCCUACAGACGCUCCGACAGACGCUCCUAAAGACGCUCCGACAGACGCUCCGACAGACGCUCCGACAGACGCUCCGACAGACGCUCCGACAGACGCUCCGACAGACGCCCCUACAGACGCUCCUACAGACGCUCCUACAGACGCUCCGACAGACGCUCCGACAGACGCUCCGACAGACGCCCCUACAGACGCUCCUACAGACGCUCCGACAGACGCUCCGACAGACGCUCCUACAGACGCUCCUACAGACGCUCCGACAGACGCUCCGACAGACGCUCCUACAGACGCUCCGACAGACGCUCCUACAGACGCUCCGACAGACGCUCCUACAGACGCUCCGACAGACGCUCCGACAGACGCUCCGACAGACGCUCCGACAGACGCUCCUACAGACGCUCCGACAGACGCUCCGACAGACGCUCCUACAGACGCUCCUACAGACGCUCCUACAGACGCUCCGACAGACGCUCCGACAGACGCUCCGACAGACGCUCCUACAGACGCUCCUACAGACGCUCCUACAGACGCUCCGACAGACGCUCCGACAGACGCUCCGACAGACGCUCCGACAGACGCCCCUACAGACGCCCCUACAGACGCUCCUACAGACGCUCCUACAGAACGCUCCAACAGACGCUCCUACAGACGCUCCUACAGACGCUCCUACAGACGCUCCGACAGACGCUCCUACAGACGCUCCGACAGACGCUCCUACAGACGCUCCUACAGACGCUCCGACAGACGCUCCGACAGACGCUCCGACAGACGCUCCUACAGACGCUCCAACAGACGCUCCUACAGACGCUCCUACAGACGCUCCUACAGACGCUCCGACAGACGCUCCGACAGACGCUCCUACAGACGCUCCUACAGACGCUCCUACAGACGCUCCUACAGACGCUCCUACAGACGCUCCUACAGACGCUCCUAAAGACGCUCCGACAGACGCUCCGACAGACGCUCCGACAGACGCUCCUAAAGACGCUCCGACAGACGCUCCGACAGACGCUCCGACAGACGCUCCGACAGACGCCCCUACAGACGCUCCUACAGACGCUCCUACAGACGCUCCGACAGACGCUCCGACAGACGCCCCUACAGACGCUCCGACAGACGCUCCGACAGACGCUCCUACAGACGCUCCUACAGACGCUCCGACAGACGCUCCGACAGACGCUCCGACAGACGCUCCGACAGACGCUCCGACAGACGACCUCCGACAGACGCUCCGACAGACGCUCGACAGACGCUCCGACAGACGCUCCGACAGACGCUCCGACAGACGCUCCGACAGACGCUCCUACAGACGCUCCUACAGACGCUCCACAGACGCUCCGACAGACGCUCCGACAGACGCUCCGACAGACGCUCCGACUGACGAGCUCCGACAGACGCUCCACAGACGCUCCGACAGACGCUCCGACAGACGCUCCUACAGACGCUCCACAGACGCUCCGACAGACGCUCCGACAGACGCUCCGACAGACGCUCCGACAGACGCUCCGACAGACGCUCCGACAGACGCUCCGACGACGUCAGACGCUCCUACAGACGCUCCGACAGACGCUCCGACAGACGCUCCGACAGACGCUCCGACAGACGCUCCGACAGACGCUCCGACAGACGCUCCGACAGACGCUCCGACAGACGCUCCUACAGACGCCCUACAGACGCUCCUACAGACGCUCCUACAGACGCUCCCGACAGACGCUCCGACAGACGCUCCGACAGACGCUCCUCAGACGACAGACGCUCCGACAGACGCUCCUACAGACGCUCCGACAGACGCUCCGACAGACGCUCCGACAGACGCUCCGACAGACGCUCCGACAGACGCUCCGACGACGCUCGACAGACGCCCGACAGACGCUCCGACAGACGCUCCGACAGACGCUCGACAGACGCUCCGACAGACGCUCCGACAGACGCUCCGACAGACGCUCCGACAGACGCUCCACAGACGCUCCUACAGACGCUCCACAGACGCUCCGACAGACGCUCCGACAGACGCUCCGACAGACGCUCCACAGACGCUCCGACAGACGCUCCGACAGACGCUCCGACAGACGCUCCGACAGACGCUCCGACAGACGCUCCGACAGACGCUCCGACAGACGCUCCGACAGACGCUCCGACAGACGCUCCGACAGACGCUCCGACAGACCUCCUACAGACGCUCCGACAGACGCUCCUACAGACGCUCCGAUCAGACGCUCCGACAGACGCUCCGACAGACGCUCCUACAGACGCUCCGACAGACGCUCCGACAGACGCUCCGAUCCGACAGACGCUCCGACAGACGCUCCGACAGACGCUCCGACAGACGCUCGACAGACGCUCCUCGCCGACAGACGCUCCGACAGACGCUCCGACAGACGCUCCUACAGACGCUCCGACAGACGCUCCGACAGACGCUCCUACAGACGCUCCUACAGACGCUCCGACAGACGCUCCGACAGACGCUCCGACAGACGCUCCUACAGACGCUCCGACAGACGCUCCGACAGACGCUCCUACAGACGCUCCUACAGACGCCCACAGACGCUCCGACAGACGCUCCGACAGACGCUCCACAGACGCUCCGACGCUCGACAGACCUCCGACAGACGCUCCGACAGACGCUCCGACAGACGCUCCUACAGACGCCCCUACAGACGCUCCGACAGACGCUCCGACAGACGCUCCGACAGACGCUCCGACAGACGCUCCGACAGACGCUCCUACAGACGCUCCGACAGACGCUCCUACAGACGCUCCUACAGACGCUCCGACAGACGCUCCGACAGACGCUCCGACAGACGCUCCGACAGACGCUCCGACAGACGCUCCGACAGACGCUCCUACAGACGCUCCGACAGACGCUCCGACAGACGCUCCGACAGACGCUCCUACAGACGCUCCGACAGACGCUCCGACAGACGCUCCUACAGACGCUCCUACAGACGCUCCGACAGACGCUCCGACAGACGCUCCUACAGACGCUCCGACAGACGCUCCUACAGACGCUCCGACAGACGCUCCGACAGACGCUCCUACAGACGCUCCGACAGACGCUCCUACAGACGCUCCUACAGACGCUCCUACAGACGCUCCGACAGACGCUCCUACAGACGCUCCUACAGACGCUCCUACAGACGCUCCGACAGACGCUCCGACAGACGCUCCGACAGACGCUCCGACAGACGCUCCGACAGACGCUCCGACAGACGCUCCGACAGACGCUCCGACAGACGCUCCGACAGACGCUCCUACAGACGCUCCUACAGACGCUCCUACAGACGCUCCGACAGACGCUCCGACAGACGCUCCGACAGACGCUCCGACAGACGCUCCGACAGACGCUCCGACAGACGCUCCGACAGACGCUCCGACAGACGCUCCGACAGACGCUCCGACAGACGCUCCGACAGACGCUCCGACAGACGCUCCGACAGACGCUCCGACAGACGCUCCUACAGACGCUCCUACAGACGCUCCGACAGACGCUCCGACAGACGCUCCUACAGACGCUCCGACAGACGCUCCGACAGACGCUCCGACAGACGCUCCGACAGACGCUCCUACAGACGCUCCGACAGACGCUCCUACAGACGCUCCGACAGACGCUCCUACAGACGCUCCGACAGACGCUCCGACAGACGCUCCGACAGACGCUCCUACAGACGCUCCGACAGACGCUCCGACAGACGCUCCUACAGACGCUCCGACAGACGCUCCGACAGACGCUCCGACAGACGCUCCGACAGACGCUCCGACAGACGCUCCGACAGACGCUCCGACAGACGCUCCGACAGACGCUCCGACAGACGCUCCUAAAGACGCUCCGACAGACACUCCGACAGACGCUCCGACAGACGCUCCUACAGACGCUCCGACAGACGCUCCGACAGACGCUCCUACAGACGCUCCUACAGACGCUCCGACAGACGCUCCGACAGACGCUCCGACAGACGCUCCGACAGACGCUCCUACAGACGCUCCGACAGACGCUCCGACAGACGCUCCUACAGACGCUCCUACAGACGCUCCGACAGACGCUCCGACAGACGCUCCGACAGACGCUCCUACAGACGCUCCGACAGACGCUCCGACAGACGCUCCGACAGACGCUCCGACAGACGCUCCGACAGACGCUCCUACAGACGCCCCUACAGACGCUCCUACAGACGCUCCUACAGACGCUCCUACAGACGCUCCGACAGACGCUCCGACAGACGCUCCGACAGACGCUCCUACAGACGCUCCUACAGACGCUCCGACAGACGCUCCGACAGACGCUCCGACAGACGCUCCGACAGACGCUCCGACAGACGCUCCUACAGACGCUCCGACAGACGCUCCGACAGACGCUCCUACAGACGCUCCUACAGACGCUCCGACAGACGCUCCGACAGACGCUCCGACAGACGCUCCGACAGACGCUCCUACAGACGCUCCUACAGACGCUCCGACAGACGCUCCGACAGACGCUCCGACAGACGCUCCGACAGACGCUCCGACAGACGCUCCUACAGACGCCCCUACAGACGCUCCUACAGACGCUCCUACAGACGCUCCUACAGACGCUCCGACAGACGCUCCGACAGACGCUCCGACAGACGCUCCUACAGACGCUCCGACAGACGCUCCGACAGACGCUCCGACAGACGCUCCGACAGACGCUCCUACAGACGCUCCUACAGACGCUCCGACAGACGCUCCGACAGACGCUCCGACAGACGCUCCGACAGACGCUCCGACAGACGCUCCCGACAGACGCUCCGACAGACGCUCCUACAGACGCUCCGACAGACGCUCCUACAGACGCUCCUACAGACGCUCCGACAGACGCUCCGACAGACGACGCUCCGACAGACGCUCCGACAGACGCUCCGACAGACGCUCCUACAGACGCUCCUACAGACGCUCCGACAGACGCUCCGACAGACGCUCCGACAGACGCUCCUACAGACGCUCCGACAGACGCUCCGACAGACGCUCCUACAGACGCUCCGACAGACGCUCCUACAGACGCUCCUACAGACGCUCCGACAGACGCUCCGACAGACGCUCCGACAGACGCUCCGACAGACGCUCCUACAGACGCUCCGACAGACGCUCCUAAAGACGCUCCGACAGACGCUCCGACAGACGCUCCGACAGACGCUCCUACAGACGCUCCGACAGACGCUCCGACAGACGCUCCUACAGACGCUCCUACAGACGCUCCUACAGACGCUCCGACAGACGCUCCGACAGACGCUCCGACAGACGCUCCGACAGACGCUCCGACAGACGCUCCUACAGACGCUCCGACAGACGCUCCUACAGACGCUCCGACAGACGCUCCGACAGACGCUCCGACAGACGCUCCGACAGACGCUCCGACAGACGCUCCGACAGACGCUCCGACAGACGCUCCGACAGACGCUCCGACAGACGCUCCGACAGACGCUCCUACAGACGCCCCUACAGACGCUCCUACAGACGCUCCUACAGACGCUCCUACAGACGCUCCGAUAGACGCUCCGACAGACGCUCCGACAGACGCUCCUACAGACGCUCCUACAGACGCUCCUACAGACGCUCCUACAGACGCUCCGACAGACGCUCCGACAGACGCUCCGACAGACGCUCCGACAGACGCUCCUACAGACGCUCCGACAGACGCUCCGACAGACGCUCCUACAGACGCUCCGACAGACGCUCCGACAGACGCUCCUACAGACGCUCCGACAGACGCUCCUACAGACGCUCCUACAGACGCUCCUACAGACGCUCCGACAGACGCUCCGACAGACGCUCCGACAGACGCUCCUACAGACGCUCCGACAGACGCUCCUACAGACGCUCCGACAGACGCUGCCUCCUCAGACUUCGGCACAGACCGGUUAUUAGGCAACGACUCGAAAGAGCAACAGAGCCUUUGA